ACAGUAGAAAACAUUUUUGUUCUUAGCACCAUGUGCCCUUGCUGCAUCCUUCAUGUACGAGUUUAUAAAGAGCUGUAAUAAUUUUUUUGCUUGAAUCUUUUAAGUAUGUCGAGACGAAUUUUUCAUCGUUGUUUAUUAUUUUAUGUAUCUGUGAGCGCGAUCCUACUUUGCGGAUCGUCGCGAAGGAUUCCUAGAAGUGCGUCCUGUCCCUCGUGCAGUCGAGAUUGUCCAGAAGCUUUGACUGUUCAGCUACCAUGGAAUCUAGAUGAAGAUUCAAAUCUACAGCCAAGAGUCCUACGAGAUUUUCCCGUUAAUUCGCUCCGAAAUUCUCGUCGCUCCAAUUUGAUACAAGAAGGAAUUUCCCAAGGCACAACAUACGAUAAUAUUCUACCGAGUCAAAAUUUAGUGUCCCUCAAGAGCUUCUCUCCACAAGAAACAACAAGCAGAAAUUUAUUCUUCAAAAAUUUUCUUAAUAAAUUUCCAAAAUUUUCAGAUAGGCAAGAAAUAUUUUCUCAGGACAGAUCCGCAAAUAGAUAUCCUCUUGCUCACGUUCUUCCAUCAAUUUUCAGAUCAGAAAAUGUCUUCAGGAAUCCUCGUAAUAAAUAUUCCAGCACUUUGUUAGAUAGAAGCUUCGAGAAUAAUAUAAAAGACAAAAAGGAUUCUACAAAUAAAAUGCUCGACGUUUAUCGUGCCGAUAGAGACACAGAGCCUUUGAAUUCAAGAUACGUUUCUUCUUCAAACAUCAUCUCUCCACAAAGAUUCAGCCCGAAGAUCGAAAAUAUUUUCCGAUUCCACCGGGAUCCAAUUCCUCAUAUCUUCGAUGAAAAAAGAAAUGCAAUCGGGAAAUCUCCGCGCGCAAUUCCUAUUAAUCAGCAAUACAGCCUAGCGUAUCCCCGAAAAGGAUAUAAUUCCAUUCUGCCGGAAAUCAAACAUGAUCCUUACGUUCAUCCUCUUGAAAAUAUAAAUACUUGGAAGCCGACAAAAAAUGAUGGAUUCUUCGAUAAUUGGGACGAAAAGAUAAAAGAUUCAUCACAAUCUUUAAAUGUAGAACAGUCAAAGCAAGCUGAAAAUAAUUUCUUAGAAAUGUAUCCUGCGAAAGAACAAGAAAUUAACAUCGAGGAUAAUAAUGAGCAAAUCAAUAAGUCUUAUAUACUCCCUCAUAAUUUAGAUAGCCAGGAACAGACAGAUGAUGGAGAAAAUUUCGAUGAUUGGGAUUAUGCCGCAUACAAAAAUUCGCAGGAAUCCACAAAAAUUAAUCAAUUGAAGGAAACCGGAAAUAAUUGGUUGCAAGUGUUUCCCGCGAUGGAAAGAAACAUUAAAUACUUUGAAAAUGAGAAAGACACGGAUAAGAAAUUCGCGGAGCAAGAAAAUAUAAAUCAGGGAUAUUUUGAAGAUGAGAUUGUACAGGAUGCCCUCGAGACUGAACAAAGUAAAUAUAAUCCUUAUACUUUUAGUCAAAAUAUGAAUAAUUGGAGAACAAUACAGAAUAAAGAAUUUUUCGAUAAUUUGGAUUUUACGCACAAAAAUUCACCAAAGACGGAUCAAUUGGAAAUGUAUUCUGAAGAGAAUAAUGAUAAGUUCUUUCAGAAUUUGAAAAAUAAAGAUAUAACUCUUAAAAGUAAAACACAAGCUAGUGAUGAUCGUGCAUCCAUGCUUAAUGCUUAUAUUCUUCCUCGACAUUUAAAUAUUUUAAAUGAUGCGAAGUAUUCUGUCGAUUCCUCGGAGAUACAAAAAAUUCCAGAAGCUAAAAACAACAUAUUACGUGCAAAUCCUAUGGAAGAAAAUAAUGAAAAGUUUUUUAUGGAUGAAGAUAUUAUUCAGAAUAACGCGGCUAUCCAAGAUUUGAUUCUAUCUAAGGAUAUUUUUGAUAUGGAUGAAUAUAGCAGCCAUAAUGUAGACAAAAAGAAUACCAGGAACACCCAGGUUUUGACGAGAAUUGAUCCUGAUUUGUUGGAUGACAUUGAAGAUCUCCCACUAGAACCAACCGAAUCGACAUCAAUGGAAUCCCUUGCAGAAUUUUCCACACCCAAAUAAUAAUAAUAGAAAGUUGAUAGCAUAUUAUACAUGUGUCAUAUUUAGCGAGCCAUCUUUUAUCUGAAAUCUUUUUAUAGAGUCAAUUUUUUUUUUUUAAUAAAAAAGGAUCUCUCUCUCUUGUUCUCUCAAGAUCAAUAAUUUUAAAACGAAAACUACAAAUAAUUUAAAAUAACUAUUUCAAAACUGUAUAAAGAUUAAUAAAAUUUUCUAACAUUAUCAUAAAAUAAAAUUUUAUUUAAAAUUAGAGUUUAAGAAAAAGAGUUUAAGAAAAGAGUUUCAGAAAAAUUAUUUAAU